UAGAGUACCGAUCGUUUGUGAAGAAACAUUUAUACGUGGCCUCACAGUCUUUAUUAAGACGUGCCAAUAGUUAUUUUAUUCCCGUAAUUCAUUCAGUAAUAGUUUUAGUAAAUAGUGUAAAGAAAAUAAUUUAGAAAAUUUAUAACUCAUAAAAUGUCGGAGUCCAAAAAGCCAGAUGCCGAAAAAGGAGACAUCCAAUGGCACAUGGUACUUUGGUAUAUUCAUCUCUAUGCAUUAGGAUUGUAUAGCAUAUGGUUACUUUUAUUUCACACAUCAUGGGCGACGCUCUUUUUCACCUUGACAAUAAUAUAUAUCGGCGGACUUGGGGUGACGAUUGGCGCCCAUCGUCUUUGGGCUCAUCAAAGUUACGAAGCUGUUUGGUAUAUUAAAUUAUUUUUAAUGCUCGCCCACACUUUAGCAGGAGUUGGACCAAUCUACGAUUGGGUCUUAGCUCACAGAAUUCAUCACAAGUAUUUUGGUACUGAAAAAGAUCCAUUUAAUCAUAAUGAAGGAUUUUUUUACAGUCACAUUAUUUCAAACACAAUGACUAAGCCACCAAAUUAUGAACAAACUGCUAAGAUUAUUGACAUGCGUGAUAUUCAUCUCGAUGGAUACGUUUGGUUUCAAAAAAAAUUCUAUUGGCCCCUAUUUUUGAUAUUUGGAAUUCUAUUGCCAAUAAACGCACCAGCAGAAUAUUGGGGAGAAUCAAUAGCUAAUUCAGUUUUAGUACUUGGAUUUUUACGUUUCGCAGUAUUGUCAAACAUGACGUGGCUGAUCCACAGUGGAAUACUAAUUUGGGGACUUAAACCACACGAAAAGUAUCCUCCUGAUGACAAUAUGGUAUUUUUAAUAACAAAAUCUUACUGGAUUAAUUACCAUUAUUUAUUGCCAUGGGAUUGGAAGUGCGGCGAAUACGGCUCUUAUGACAAAGGUUGGGCGACGACUACUCUUAAAAUUUUUAAUGUUAUUGGAUUAGUCAAUAGAAUGAAAACUGCAUCAAGUGAAAAUAUACGUGAUGCAUUAUUUAAAGCAACUGCCACGAAAAAAUCUUUUCAAGAAGUAAUGAACGAAGUUAAAGAAAUAGCUGAAGUUGAAGCUGAUAAAAUGAAACUUCGUUAUCAUCAUUAAUGACACUUAAUAUUAUUUAUUUAUUUAUUAUUAUUACUAUUUUUAAUUAUUAUUAUUAUUAUUAUUAUUAUUAUUAUUAUUAUUAUUAUUAUUAUUAUUACUACUAUUAUUUUUAUUAUUAUUAUAAGAAAUUUAUUGUAUUUAAUAAAAUUAAUUAUUUUUAUUUUUGGCUUACACUGAAAAAUAGUAUAUUACACACUUAGGGCGGUAAAGUAAAAAAGCCUCAGAUCACAUACUUACAGAUUACAUAUGAUCUGAGACAUUUCUUACUUUACUGCCCUGAGUGUGUAAUAUACUAUUUUGAUUUAAAUAAAUUAUGUACUUUAUGGAGUUUUUUUAUUUUUAUUAAUAAAGUAUUUAUUGGAUCUGGA